CAGCCGUCCUGCUAGUCAAGGUCAUCCCUUCCUCUCUGAGCCGAGCAAGCUCAUCAAUUGUCACCUGGUUCAUGCGAGAGAAAAGAAAGGCGUCAUGACCGGAGGGGGUGGUCAGGCUCUUAUUUGGUGGACACUACCGCUGGACUCGCCCCUGCACGUGUUGCCAAUGACGACAGCCCAAGAACUACAGCAAAGGCUCAAGUGGGCGAGGGCUCACUUCAAGCCUCAUGCUAUCGGCAACCUAGAUGCCCUUCCCUUUUGUAUCAUAUGGCUUCUCCUUCGCCCCCUGCCACCCUUCCUUUUGCCCACAUUUUUACAAUCCGCAGAUAAACAGGCCGCUACGGCCUAGUUCAUUAAAUCAAUGUACAAGUCCAGAGAGUUCACUCUCCAUUUCGCUAUCAUCAAAUCCGGCCCUUGUACAAUACCACGCCUUACGUCUGACCCUGACUCGCCUCGAGAUUGUCCGGCUCUCGUGUUGCCUUGUUGGAAUACUUGUCUAGGUCUUCCAGAUCAGUCUUAGGUGAACCCAAGGCCCUAUUUCUAAUUACAUAGAAUCUCCGAGUCUGCUGAUUUCCCGGGUCCAGUCGAUCAAUGCACACCUUCUCACCCACCUCAACCCAAUAUGAGGUUGAGAGCUGGAUAUUCCCCUGUCCCGGUGUCAGGCCGGUGCAGGAUGCCAGAUGUUCGGGUCCCAGGAAGGACAGUCACAGGCACUCCCUGCUCCCUGUGAUUCCACACGCUCGGCCUUCUGGUGAAAGAGAAGAGAGGGUAAGGCUGAAGAAGGGACACCGGAGGUGGCAUUCCAACGAGCACGACAUCGCCUACAAUGAUCUAAACAGGAGAAAGGAGGUCACGGCUAACGAACGGAGCCUGGAGACAGGCAGGCUGAAAACCACGGUGGAGAGGUGGGAGCCUUCUGACCAGUCACGACAUUAUGAGUAUAUGCAUGAUAUACCCUCGCAGACUGUGAGCAGGAGCGGGAGUAGAAGUGGAGAGACUUGUGUCAGAUCAAGUGAAUUGCUCAGUGCUGUUUCCUCCUCACAUCAACCAUAUAAACAACCUGGGAUGCGAACACAAUCAACACGGUCAACCCCGCUGCCUCUGGCCGGACAUGGCUUGCCUGCCACUCAGAUCCAGUUGCUGCACCCACCAACCUAUCCCCAGCAAAAGUCCACAACAGCCCAUGGGUCUGACGCAGCACGAUCGAAAGGGUUAUCGAGGUCACUUGCUUGCAAGUCCCAAGCCAUGGAGGCCGAGUCUGAGCCAUCCAGAGUCGCUGACCUGCCUGUCUGCCAGGACAGGAGCCCUGCUCGUGCAGACACUCUGAAAGGCUGCAGGGAGGAUGCCCCUUGCCAGCAAGAUAUGGCCGAGCACGAGGACCAACAAGAACUGAAUCCGGUCUUUCUAGGCUCUCUCGACUACCACAGCUUCCUACAUACUCCUUCUGAAGCAAAUGAUACUUGUUUCCCGAAAAAGCCUCCCCUUCCGGGCACAACCAUUGCCCUUGAUGCCCACAAAUUCAUCAAGGUUGGAGCUGCUUCUCACGCCUGCAAUGCUCCCAGGAUUUCGCUCAACGACAGACCAGCCAAUGCGCCCCCAGUCUCGAGCCCUUCCCACCAAGUCACACAGUCUUUGUCCCGCCAGCCUUUCCCAGAGAUCAGAGAGCCUGUCUCUACUAUCUGUGGGCUUCGGGAGGAGGCCCUUCUCAGAUCCGGUCGAUCUGAAGCACUCAAGGAACCACCCAGGCCUGAACUGUCUGUUUCGACAAAUUUUCCUGCAUGUCUGACCUUCUCGACCAUCAGCUCUUCAUCCUCACUUACAACUACACCUCUGCUUCGUGAGAGAACUUCUCAAUGCAUCCUUUCGAGCCCUCAUAGUACCCUUUCCUCGCAACAGGUAGACCCAGAGAGGCUUCAGCCCUUCAUCGGCCCUCUGCUUCCACAACAACCACCACCAAAUCAGCCCCUCCCUCAGCUUCCCUUGCCUUCGCCAGCCAAGAGACUUGAUCCCUGCAGGAUACCGUUUGUCAAUAUGGCAGGUCAGGUAGAUGGAAGCAAGCGGGAGAAACGGCAAGGAGACACGAGAAGGAGUUUGGAGCAGACAGAAGAGGAGCUCGUCAAUCAGAGGAAGGGUAGAGGUCUGCGAAAAAAGAUUUCAAGGUUCUUCUCGAGCGACCCCCCCGGACCACCAGCAGAUGCCACAGCCCCCACAACCUUCCAGCCCCUGUCGCUUGCAACAUCACGGGAUUCUGAGCGCCUCUCCUUGUCAGAAAUAUUCGAUGACGUCUACUGCGCCGCUCGAGACUCGCUCAAGCCCGGUCGGGUCUCUCAGAGCUCACGAAAUUCAGGCCGCACCUCCUCCCAGAACACCCGUGGUUCCGUUCCUACCCCACCGGGAGACGUGUUAUUCCCAACGCGGCCAGAUGCACAGGAUUCCAAGGCGGCUUCCACGAUGGUACCCAACUCCCCAUACAAGGUCGGGCUUCCUCUGAUGGACCAUCCAGCCGUUAAGGACGACUUGGAGAGAUUGCAGGUGACUGGAAACAACUUUGAGCGCACAUCUACCCCUCGCGCCACUAACCAUCCCUUCGAUGUUCCCGGGCCGCCGCUCAGCCCUCGCCGCCCAGCCCAGACAGACAGUAGCGCAUCAUCCUGUGUUGCCGGACCAGCCUCAACCGUAAGCAGGGCAAUACUUGGGGCAGGAGAAUCUCAUGUCACCGUCACUACAGAGACAUACCAGGACGAUGGCCCCCUUCCAGCUUUCGAUCGCACUGUCGACCUUACAUGGUACAGGACCGCAAGGGAGCAGAGAGGAACGAUCAUUUGUUCCAUUCCCAGACCGUCUGGCAGAUUCGAGCAAACGUUGAACCUGUUCCUUGCACAGUUUACCAAGGGGCGUCCUUUCAGAAAGUAUGAUGGAACCAAGAGGUUUCCAUACUUCAAUCUGCCAAGCAAUAUUCGGUUUGAGGUCGUACGGUACCUUUUCGCUGAUACCGACGCCGCCAGGCCAAUAUUGCUGAACAGUGAACGCCAGGCGUGCCCAGCUUGGCCAGCUGACACCUUCGUCAGUCUGAAAUCUGUCUUGAAACCCCUGCGGGCAACCAUGUGGGCCUGCCCGCGUCUCCGAGCAGAGGUAAUGGUCGUCUUGCUGUUGACCCGAAAGUUUCACGUCAUCUUUAGCCCCUUCGUGAGAGAGUGCACGCAGCCUUUGCCCACCACGUGGCUCUUCCGCUACCUGCGCCUGAUGCAGGAUGUGAGCCUGGAGAUAGACAUGACGAAGCUCGGAUUCGGACACAGAUGGGAGUCAGCCUUGAUGGAUCCAAACUUGAGAAAUAUCCGUGAGCUGGUUCGCAAGUUUACGGCCGAGAUUCUCACCCGCAGUCCGGCCAACUCGAUGGGUUCAUUCACUAUCCACUGCCGUCGGUAUUUCGGCUACCGCCAGGAACCAAACACUUGCCAGGGCCGGCACGGCACCCAUGGCUACUUGCCUGUUGGUGGAGAGGACGACGAGCGUCAACCACAUAACUAUGAGCAAAAAUCCCCAAGCCUGCCUCCCUCGGCGGAAAAACCAUACUCUGGUCACCUCCGCCACCACCUCGAUGGGGCUCAUCGUGUGCCCUACGUCACGGAGGAUCAGCUUGAGGUUGCCAGCCAGUUGAGGACACUCACAGGGCGGUUUGAAUCUAUCCGCAUGGUAGGCUUCAGCGAGAAAUGGACAUAUGCGACUCACUUGGCCAUGUGGCCUGAGGCAGAGCGGAACGCCGUCUCGGACGCCGUCAAGCACUGUCACGUUUACCGCCAAACUCCCUCUCCCUACUCGUUUGCCGCUCCGGGGCACGCAGUCUUUCUUGACUAUGGGUUUGCACACGGAGUGCACCGCUACCCCCCCUUGCCAGAUUCCGAACCUAUGGUUUGUGUAGACUUUGACCGCCUGAAUGGCCUCUUCGUGGAGUUGGGCUCGGGCAAUGUGGUUUCUGUCACCAGAAACGGAACCGAGUUCCAUGGCCGUUCCCCAGACCCACCAACUCCCGGAAACUUUGCUUCGCACGCUUUUCGCGAAUGCCUUCUGUUCGUACCGCCCGCUUCACUUCCGAGGUCUCGCUGCAUGGCUAGUCCAAAGAGAGUGAUGCAUACAGGCACCCCAGUGAAGGCAGCCGCAGUUCUCGGCCUCCCAGGUACCUUAAUGACAAGCAGCGAGUUUGAGCACUGCGAUACAUCAACCAAGCCACGACCGAGCCGUGCCGAAAGUAAAAGCAACGCAACGAAUCUUCCUGCCCGUGGUACCCGCCUUGGCGAGGUCGCCGAUCAAAAGAGUCGAUCUGGCUCCAUUCCAGGCGCCAUAAAGCCGGGUGAGCUACACAUAAAGAGAUCUUUCCACUUUCUGGGGAAAAAACACUGGCUGGAUUGAUUCAGGCUCCAGUAACCGUCAACUUCGAGCUGUGUCAUAAUAAGAAUUAUGUUCCACUCUGUGAGGGUACAUCAGUUAGGCAAGAGGAUACUUCCUUAGUUUAUAAUUAUAAAUUUAUAUUUUAACUUA